AUGGCUACAGGUCGCGCCUUCAAACUUAACUCGGGCUAUGAGAUCCCCGCAGUUGGUCUCGGUACUUGGCUUUCUAAGCCCCAUGAAGUCGAGGACGCAGUCGAGCAUGCGCUUCGUAGCGGUUACCGUCACAUUGAUGCCGCCGCCUGCUACCAAAAUGAGAACGAGGUCGGCAAAGGCUGGAAGAAGUCAGGUGUUAAGCGCGAGGACUUUUAUAUCACUAGCAAGCUAUGGAACACUCACCACCACCCCGACCACGUCGAAGAGGGCCUCGACAAGACCCUCAAAGAUCUCCAGACCGAUUACGUGGAUCUGUACCUUAUCCAUUGGCCCGUAGCCUUCGAACACACUAACGAAACCACCACACCGAUCGAUCCGAAGACACAUCGAUUCCGCAUAGCCGAUGUUCCGGUCGCCGAUACCUGGGCUGUUCUUGAGAAGUUGGUCACUACGGGCAAGAUCCGUAGCAUCGGAGUUAGCAAUUUCACAAUUGAAGAGACCAAGAAGCUGCUUCAGACCGCAAAGAUCCCUCCUGCCGCGAACCAGAUCGAGGCGCACCCUUAUCUUCUCCAACCGGAGCUUACACAGUACCUGAAGGACAAUAAAAUUCUUCCCAUUGCAUACAGCCCACUCGGAAACAACCUCUACAACCUACCACGUGUUGUUGAUGACCCCACCGUGGUCAAAAUUUCUAAGAAACUGAGCAAGGACCCCGCUCAGCUGCUGAUCUCGUGGGCUAUCCAGCGGGGUUCUGCCGUCUUGCCUAAGAGUGUUACCCCUUCGCGCAUUGAGAGCAAUUUCGCAGACUUUGUUAUUCCCGACGCAGAAUUUGAAGCCCUUAACAAGCUGGACCGCGCCGAACGAUACAACUACCCUUUCCGUUGGGGAAUUGAUGUCUUCGGAGAAUUGGGUGCUGCUGAGGCGGAGCGUCGUGCCGAGGAACACGCUGCCUCGCUGCGAUCAAGCUCUUAA